AUACUCGCACACAGCACAAUCAGUGUGUUAGUUGAAUUGACAUUGUGACCACGCGUUUAAGUUUUUCUUGUUUACACAAGAGUUUAUACGUAACUUUGAAGAGAUUGUAAAUAAUUGAUUGCAAAAAAUAUAUUGAAUCGUGAAUAAUCACCAUUGUGUUUUAAGAGUAAGGCGACGUUAUACGUGUUUUUAGUCCCAACAUUAUGGGGUAAUUGAAGGCGUUUUCGUGAGAACGAAGCGUAUGUUAAAGGAGAUACAUACAGUAUUAAUUUUAAGACAAGGUUGUACGGAAAACCGGCAGUCAUGUAUUCUAUGAAUUAUAUCGGUCAGUUCAUAGCGAACUUUCGCGAAUUCUAUAAUGAGAUCAACGCAGCAACACUUACUGGAGCUAUAGAUGUCAUCGUAGUCGAACAGCCCGAUGGCAGCUUCACCUGCUCGCCAUUCCACGUGCGUUUUGGGAAACUCGGCGUGCUUCGAUCCAGAUUUAAAGUGGUGGACCUAGAAUUGAAUGGUGAGCCUUUGAAUAUCCACAUGAAGCUGGGGGAGUCUGGUGAGGCAUUUUUCGUUGAAGAAGUAGGCGAAGACGAAGCUGAAUGUUCCGCUCACCUUGCCACCUCGCCCAUCCCGGCUGCAAGGUUCGAGGAAUUAUAUGAGCCACGUCGUCGCAAUUCGCUCUCUGCUGUCGAACCCGACCAUGGGCAGGCAUCAGAUUAUACUAAACGAAGAUACACUGCAGACGGACAAACUAUGCAGAAACCGGACUUGACCAAGAUUAAGAAGAAUACGACGAAAGACGAGAAACCAUCAAAAGACAACGAGGCCCUGUUUGAAAUGGAGGACCUCGACGAAGGUACCGACUGGACGGACGGAAAAACACCGAAAACGUUCGCGGCCACUCAGCUUGGCGAAGCGGAAAGCGAAGCGAAUCAGGCCGUACAAAAAAUUAGCGUCCACAAUGACUUUAGACCUAUAGACGUCGCGCCCACCGAGGAGGAGGUCAAGCAGAAUGGGAACGGCAAGAAAAAGAAAAAAACCAGAAAAGUCAGCUCUAAGAAGAAGCACCAAAGAAAGUCGUCCACUAGUUCUGUAUCUAGUCAGUCGGACCGCGCUGGCUCGGAGCAACGAGCCUUGCAGACGACCGCCAUUGUUAACGCCACUGAUAUGAGUUUCUUUAGUGACACCGAACUGAAUGCUGCUACAUUGAGUGAAGAGAUGUCGAAUUUGAAGCUGAAUGAAAAUCGUAUUCCAUUGGCGUUGUCAGACACAGCAUUUGAGGUCCACGCCGCCUCAAAACAUUCCAGAGGUUCUCGGGGCGGUACUCCAGUACAGUCGGACACCGAGGUGGAGCUGUCGAGAACAACGACCGGCGACAAGUCAUCGCAGUCGUGGAGGUGGGGUGAGCUCCCGGAGCCUCCGGUGCGCGGGGUGGAGUCAGGCGAGUGCGCGUCGGCGCCGUCACCCGCCUCCGCCUCCCCCGCGUCCCCUUCCUCGCCCGCGUCCCCCGCCUCGCCCGCCGAGCCGCUCAGCUCCGAUGAGGAGCGGCCCAGCCGGCGUGGCGUGCUCAGCGGCAUGUUCCGCUUCAUGUCGACGCGGGACUCUGCCGACAACGCGCCCGAGGGGAUCUACCUGGACGACCUGGACCGUGGUCAGGUCAACCCCGACCUGUACUUCCCGAAAUAUCAUGCUGAACGUCAUCGUGGCAGCUCGGUGGUGCAGCACGCGCGCGCCGCUCCCACGGAGGAGGAGUACGAGUCCGGGAACGGCCCGUCCCUGCCGCAGUCGCCGGCCUCGCUAGAACCGCCCGUCAUGGACUCGGACGACGACGACAAAAUCUUAGCAAAGGGUCAAGUGUGUCUGUACGUGCGCGAGGACAACGUGUCCCGCGCGCUGUCCUUCGAGGAGUUCUGCUCCGACGGCGCCCGACUGGCGGCGGAGGGCCGGCUGCUGGUGCGGCUCGGCGACCGCUGGAUGCCGUGGCGCAGCGCGGGGCCGCUCAUCCUGUCCCUGCUCGUGUACCGCCGACCUUUGCCAAACCGCGUCUUGGAGUCACUGGAGAAAGGUUCGGAGAAGGAAGAGGCGGACGCGGCGAGCUCGCACCGCGGAGACAGCGGCAGCAAGCCCCGCGCCUACUCCUGGUGGAGCUGGAGGCGGACGUCCGAGGCUAAACAUGCCGAAAAGACCUCUCUAUCGGACGACAUUCCAACAAAGUCGAGUCCACCACAAUCUGAAGCCGUAGACACUGUUGCACUCCAAGAGACGCCUGCGGAAGAAUCGACUGUGGAAACAAUCGAAGAGACGCAAAACAUUGUAAAUGUUGAUGACGUGUUUGAAUCUCAGCCCGUCGAAGUGGAGGAAAACAUACUUACGAUGUCAGAAAACGCUGUCCACCAAGAACAAGCAAUGGAUCACCAAGACCAGAGUUCAUCGGAUUCGGAACAAGAGCAGCAGUUGCCCAGGUCGUCGAGGGCGCGCCGCCACUCGACCUUCCGGAAGACCCUUCGUUUGUCAUCAGAACAGAUUAGAAACUUGAACCUCCGCGAGGGCAUGAACGAGAUGGUGUUCAGCGUGACCACGGCCUACCAGGGCACCACGCGCUGCAAGUGCAACGUGUUCCGCUGGCGCUACGACGACAAGGUCGUCAUCUCCGACAUCGACGGAACCAUCACCAAAUCGGACGUACUGGGCCAUAUAUUCCCAAUGGUCGGCAAAGAUUGGGCCCAGUCUGGGGUCGCUCAACUAUUCACGAAGAUAAAGAACAACGGAUAUCAACUGCUCUAUCUGUCGGCCAGGGCCAUCGGACAGGCCAAAGUGACUCGGGAAUAUCUGCGCUCAAUCAGACAAGGCGAGGUGUGUCUACCGGACGGGCCGCUGCUGCUGAACCCUACAUCGUUGCUUCGCGCCUUCCAUCGAGAGGUCAUCGAGAAGAAACCAGAAGAAUUCAAAAUUCAGUGCCUCGCCGAUAUCAAGGCGCUGUUCCCUCAAGGGUCUAAUCCAUUUUACGCUGGCUAUGGGAAUAGAGUGAAUGACGUUUGUGCAUAUCAAGCUGUCGGUAUUCCGAUUGUAAGAAUUUUCACCAUAAACUAUAAGGGCGAAUUAAAACAUGAACUAACACAGACAUUCCAGUCCACGUAUUCCCAUAUGUCAGUGCUGGUGGACCAGGUGUUUCCGCCGGCGCAGUGCGAGCCCAGCGACGAGUUCUCGCAGACGGUGUACUGGCGCGACCCGCUGCCCGCCGUCGACCUGCCACCGAUCGUCCCACCGCAGCCCAAACAUUAACACUAACCUCUCCUAUGCACACUGGCUACCUCGUCUUUUCGCAUUAAAACUGUACAAUUUCCAAAAAUAUUCGAACUUGAUUUAAUAUGCGUAAUCAUUAGGUAUCACCGCCAGUAUUUUUCUCAUAAAUACUGUCGAAAGAGCAUAGUUUAGUUUUAGUUU